ACUCGCGUCUUUCUGAGUCCCCGUUUGUUUGGUUCCUCCGCAGUACACGACCUGCAGAGCUUCGGCUUAGACAACAUCAACAUGACCCAUCUGAUCAAGCACCUGUCGUUUGGGAAAGAUUACCCCGGCAUCGUUAACCCUCUGGACGGAACCGACGUCACGGCGCCACAAGCAUCUAUGAUGUACCAGUACUUUGUGAAAAUCGUUCCGACCAUAUACGUGAAAACUGACGGAGAUGUGGUAAAAACAAACCAGUUCUCCGUCACCAGGCAUGAAAAAGUUGCCAACGGGUUGAUAGGAGACCAGGGGCUGCCGGGUGUCUUUGUUUUAUACGAGCUGUCGCCCAUGAUGGUUAAAUUCACAGAAAAGCGCAGAUCGCUCACGCACUUCCUAACCGGAGUUUGUGCCAUCAUCGGAGGCGUUUUUACAGUGGCGGGUCUCAUCGACUCUCUCAUCUACCACUCGGCGCAGGCCAUCCAGAAGAAGAUCGAGCUGGGCAAAGCGUCGUAGCAGCGCCCCCUGCUGGCAACACGGACUGAGACGCUGACGGGGACAGGAGGACAGCGGGGUGGACAGACAGAGACACAGAUGGAGGGAACGCACUUUGCUUUCUCUCCAUCUUUUUGG